ACCAGGCAGCGCCGGGGCAGGAGGCGGCCGCUGCGGUGGUGCCGGCACCACACAGCACCCGGGUCCUGCGCUCAGCCCCGAGCCCCUCGGGAUGGAGACGGGCAGCGCGGCGGCCGCAGCCCCCGAGGGAGCGGUGAGGGGCAGCGGGGCCUGGCAGGAGCCGGCAGAGCCCGUCACCGAGCAAGAGCUCCGCGAGGAGCUGCGGAGGGCAAAGGACGACUACAACAUCGCCACAGGUACCAUCUCCUCCUUGCAAAGACAACUGGAGAUCAAAGAAUCCCAGCUCCGCAGAACCAGAUCUGAAACCGAAAUGCUCCAAAAGCAGCUCAGAAAGCAAGAAAACCAGUUACAAGACAUGUCUGACAAGGUUUGCAGUCUGAGAGAACAGAAAUGUGAAGAAAUGAUGGUGACAAUAGAGGAGGAGAACUGCAGCCUCCGACAGGUCAUUAUGGAACAAGAAUCCAAGCUGGCCGCGCAGAACAAGCUGAUCAGUGAGUUACAGGAGACCGUCAGCCAGCUGCAGAGAGAGGCGCGCACCAACCGGUACCACAUCCGCAAGCAGCAACGGCAGCAGGAGGCAGCCCAAAGAGAGGUCAAGACACUGCAGCAGAGGGAGCUGCAAACUCGCGUGGCACUGGAGCUCAUCAUCAGCAAGUUUGAAAAGUACCGCAACAAAAUAAUUCAGGCGACAUUCAGCACAGCAGGCAUCAAGCCUCCCCACGCAGAGACCACGGACGAGGAGGUGCUGGAGGCAAUGCAGAAAAUCAUUAACGAACGGAUCGAGUUCCAUCAGAUGCUCAAACAGAAAGGUGUCAGAGUCCCACCGCUCUACUGCGACACCGCUGCAUUACCUGCUAGUAAGGGAAAGAGAAGGCCUAGUGCAAGGCAGCAGCAUAUCACGCCUGAAAAGUAGCCCUGAUGGCUGAGCAGAACACAUCACCAGCUUCAGGCUCCUGUUCCCUGGGUUUGAGAUCGACGUACUAACAAAUUAAACUCAUCUUACUGACACCAAGUUCUGCAGGAAUAUCUCAUUCAGUUGUUUCAACCAACUCACAGCACAAAUCACUGUAAACCACUGGUGUGUAGAAACACUCAACUUCACAGGGAAGCUCAAAGCACUACUAAGGACUGCUUGGCUACAGGUAGCUAGAAAGCACUGAGUUCUCAUUUUUGCAGUGUUCAACAGAUGCUUAGGCAAGGUUGUAUAGUUACAUGACUGGAAA